AUGGCUACUACGCCGGAAUCCUUACCAGAGAAUCGGGUAAUUGAUUUCCGAGCACCCCCGCCGUCUCCGGUGGCACCUGGUCGCCGAUCAUCUCUCACUAAUGAUGAAGUUCUAACGGAAUUCCUCGAAAAUUCACUUAAAGUUCCAGAUCUUAUUUUACCAGAUAGAGUUUUUCCUCGUCAAAAAGCCAUUCAAAAUCCUCUGAAACUUGAUAUGCAGUCACUUGAAUCGAUUGAAAAUGGGGCGGAAUUGAAAGUUGUGGAGAUGAUUGCUCAGGUCGGUUGCUUGGAAGUGAUUAAUCAUGGAAUUUCAAAGGAUUUAAUUCAAUCGGUUCUGGCAGCCGGCGCCGGCAUUUUUGGGAUCUCGCCUGAGAAGAAGAAAAUGGCAGCGAGGUCGCCUGAGAGGCCGUACGGAUUUGAAGAGAUUCAUGGAGAGGAGGAGAAUGAGACGAAUGAGGAAUUUCUAUGGCAUCGAGAUGAAGCACUGAAGGCAGAAAUGGAGGGAAUUUGGCCAAUUGGAUAUUCAAAUUUCAGUGAGAAAAUGGAAAAUCUUUUGCCCAAGAUUGAAGAAAUGGCUUCAAGAAUUCUACUGUUCCUGCAGAACAAUAGUUCAAGAAAAUUCUCUGAUAUAACAAUGGAAAAUCAAGAAAUUACAGGAUCAAUCUGCUACAUCUACAAACAUUGCAAGAAAAUGGACGGUGAUGAAUGUGCAGAUUCCCUCAAAUAUGAUGUGAUCAGAAUGUUGAUCAAGGGUUCAGAAUUCCCUCAUGCUUUGUGCUUGCACUUGUGCAGUGGAUCCACAGAAUUCCAUGUUUACUCUAAGAAAGGUUGGGCCUCUUUUCGCCCCGACGAAGGUGCAAUUGUAAUCACCGUUGGAGAUCAAUUGCAGACAUGGAGUAAUGGACAGUAUAGACACGUAAUUGGGAGGCCAAUGUUCAAAGGUGAAGAUGAAGACUGCAUUUCUAUGGCUUUCCUCUAUUCUCCUCCUAAAGUUACGAAUUCUAUCAAAGAUGACAAAAUCAUUUCACUUAGCCAACAAAUCGUAAUUGCUGUACUUUUUACUCUUCUUUACCAAUUUUCGCUUCGAAUUUAUUAUAUGAUGUUAUAG